CAACCAAUCGCCCGGGCGCGCAGCGCGAGCGGGCGCAGUUGCAGCCGGUCUCCCGCGGCCGAAGCGUCGGCGGCCCCGGCUCUCCGCGCCCCAGGUCCUCACGGCCCCGCUUCUCCGUGGCUCCCGGAGGGGUCCCGGGACCCCGGCAGCUACGGCACCCGCCCCGCGCUCCAGCAGCCCGGAGUCUGCGCCCGCACAACCAUGAGGCUAAAUCCCGGUCUGCUCUUGCUGCUGUUUAUCAGCGUCUACGCUGAGGAGAAGGUUGAGGAACUUCAUGCGAUGGUGGGCAGCGAUGUGGAGCUCAGCUGUGUUCACCCCGCCGGAAGCCAUUUCGACCUGACCGAUCUGUUUGUCUAUUGGCAAAUCGAUAACCAAAGCAGGGUGGUGGCCUACCACCUGCCUAAAGGCCCCACCGUAGUGCAUGUGGAUGACCUGUACAAGAACAGGGCCCAUCUGUCACAGGACCGCAUGGAGCAGGGUGACUUCUCUCUGAACCUGCAGAACGUCACCCCCCAGGACACCCAGGAGUUCACGUGCCUGGUGUUUAGGGAGUCCACGGAGUUCAGAGGGGACUUGAAAGUGGUGGUCAGGCUGCACGUGGCAGCGAACUUCAGCACACCCAUCAUCAGCAGAGACGGACCCUCCGCCCCAGGGCAGGAGCUCACCUUCACCUGCGAGUCCACCAAUGGCUACCCCAAACCCAACCUGUACUGGAUCAACAAGACCGACGAGAGCCUGAUCGAUGAGACCCUGCAGAAUGACACUGCCUACUUGAACGAGCGGGGCCUGUACAACGUGGUCAGCGUCUUAAGGAUCCCUUGGACGCCAAGUGUGGAUGUCAGCUGCUGGGUAGAGAAUGUGGUUCUCCAUCAGAACCUCACCAGCGUCAGCCAAGCAGAUAAGUCCACUGGAAACAACGACAAGAUCACAAAGAACCCACAGGAAACCGACAAGCAGAAUGCUAACGUCCUUUUAAUCCUCCUUGCUGUGCUACUGGUGGUAGCAGGUGCCGUAUCCUCCUGGGCUUGCAGAAGCCGGUGUCCCCGAAGAAGCUAUGCAGGUCCCAGGCACGUAGAGCAGGAACUCCAAGGCUGCUCUAACCAGAAGGAUCCGUGGAAUGAAGAUGGAUCAAAAUUCUCCCACCAUCUCCUCCAAGGAAAAUAUCCCAGGGGAUACUGGAGCCAAACUUCCUGACAAAAGAAAUCAGGUUUCGGAUAUGGGGCUGCUUCAGAUUGUCCACAAAGAAACAACAAGAAGAAAUUAGAUAUCCUGAGAUCAAGCUUUUCCCAAGGAACUCAAGGCUCCUAAUCAAGGAAGUAAUCUAAUGAUAACAUUGCCCCCUUUCUCACCCCUGACUUAUUCAGGGAUUUCUUUCCUUUCCUCUCUAUCUUCUUUUUUCUCUUAUCUAGUGUUAGGAUGUUGAAAGGGUGGAAGAAAAGGAGAUGGGUAGAAGAAAGAAAAGCCCACAAAGUCGCAAAAUCUAGUACAACCCAAUCUUGAAAGUCCCCAAGCACUUCUAGACCCUGUCAGUUGAUAAAGUUAACCGUUACAUGUAGACUCAGGAGUUCCCACUUAACCAUCCCUAAGUCAUUCACACUAAAAGAUAACCUUUGAAAAGAGUGGAUCAUAGGGGGCUGGAGGGAUGGCUCAGCAGUUAAGAGCACUUACUGUCUGCCAGAGGUCCCGAGUUCAAUUCCCGGAAACCACAUGGUAGCUCACAGCCAUCUACACUGGGACCUGGUGCCCUCUUCUGGCAUGCAGAUAGAGGACUCAUAUACAUAAAAUAAACAAAAAGUUUUUAAAAAAGAAAAGAAUGUCUACUAAAGAGAGGGAGGGGUGUAGAGAGAUGGUUCAGAGGUUAAGAGCACUGGCUGCUCUUCCAAAGGUCCUGAGUUCAGUUCCCAGCAACCAGAUGAUGAAAAGAGUGGAUCACAACUGUUGGACAGACAGACUAGAGAUGCUUCUUUGGCCAAGACUUUGCUUGGUUCAUUUAAGGGAAGGAACUGGUCAGAAAAGAGUUUACACUUUACACUCGGAGUAAAGAAACACAGGCAUUGCUUAGAGCGCUGGUUUACAACCCGUGGGUUUCAGCCACCACAGGGACUGAAUAUCAGAUAUCCUCCAUGCUAGAUAUUUGCACUGUGAUUAACAAUGGUAGCAAAAUUACGGUUAUGAAGUAGCAAUGAACUAAGUUCAUGGUUGGGGGUCACCAGGAUGUGAAGAACUAUAUUGAAGGCUCGUGGCGUUAGGAAGGGUGGCUUAGAGCUCAGGGAAGAUGCUUUCCCACCCCUCUCCGCCCAAGCUGGAAAGGCUUCUGAUUCUCCGGGGAUACCCACAGCUACAAUACCCUAUGCUUGCUGGGACUCUGUCCCAUUUACUCCCACCCUCCUGCAGCCACCGUUGUCCACAGUGCAUUCAUAGACAGGCGGGAAACUCUCCCCCAAGCCCAUUGUGCCCUUGUAGACAGAACUAUUGGCCCUGUCCCUUCUAGGCUAGGCCGUUUUUAUGGACCUGUGGGUGAGGGCGUCUGGAGCCCAGAACCAGGCUCCUCCCCACAUAUGAUGGAAGGCUAAUGAAAGUGAA